UGGGCCUGACCGACGGGUGGGCCGGGAAGGCUGCCUCUUCCUCUUUUCUCCUUUCUCCUCUCGGGUUCCUGCCCGGAGAGCGAUCUGCUGAUUGCUUGUGGCCGAGGCACGCGUGGAUCCGAGCUAGUCUGAGAAGCAGAACCAAGCCCAGCUGGGAGCACAGCCUGGGACGGCCUGGACUCCUCUCAAGGGCCCCAGUGUCACACACCCAGCCAUGCAUUACCCGGCGGUGCUUCUGCUGCUCCUGCCCGGGGGGGUUGAGGCCUUUCGCAUCUGUGCCUUCAAUGCCCAGCGACUGACGCUCACAAAGGCAGCCAGGGAACAUGUGAUGGACACGUUGGUCCGGAUCCUGGUUCGCUGUGAUAUCAUGAUGCUGCAGGAGGUGGUGGACUCUACUGGCAGUGCUACGUCCCUCCUGCUUCGAGAACUCAAUCGACUUGAUGAGUCCGGGUCCUACAGUGUCCUGAGCAGCCCCUUGCUGGGGCGGAGCACAUACAUGGAGAAGUACGUGUACGUCUACCGAUCACACAAGACACAGGUCCUGGAUUCCUACGUGUACAAGGACGAGGAUGAUCUCUUUGCCCGGGAGCCCUUCGUGGCCCAGUUCACCUUCCCCAGCAAGGUCCUCCCCCACCUGGUGCUGGUCCCGCUGCAUGCCUCUCCGAAGGCCGUAGAGAAAGAAUUGAACGCCCUGUACGACGUGUUUCUGGAUGUCUCUGAGCGCUGGCAGAGCAAGGACAUGAUCUUGCUUGGGGACUUCAAUGCUGACUGUGGCUCGCUGACCAAAAAGCGCUUGGGUGAGCUGGUGCUACGGACUCAGGAAGGCUUCCAGUGGGUGAUCCCCGACGAUGAGGACACCACAGUGCGUGCCAGCACCCACUGUGCCUAUGACCGCAUCGUGCUGCAUGGUGAGCGCUACGGGAGCCUGCUGCGCUCCGCAGCCGCCUUUGACUUCCCCAGGAGCUUCGGACUCACCGAGGAAGAGGCUCUCAACGUCAGCGACCACUACCCCGUGGAAGUGGAGCUGAGCCGGGCAGUACACAGGGCCCAACCCCUCGGCCUGGCCGCCGCUCUGCUGCUGCUGCUGCUGCUGCUUCCCUAACAGGGCCUGGGGGCCCAGAGCCAGCCUGGUGCUGAUCUCUGCUGUCUGCUCUCCGACCGCUCGGGGACCCACAGAGACGCCUGAGGGGCUGCAAUUGCAGCCCUCCUCCACCUGACUAAAGCUCCGCCCCACUGGACUGCAGCUCUCCUCCGUCGUCUCCUUAGUUUCCGCUUGCAUUCUCUGAUUGGGCUCCUGGAUGGCAUUAGAACGUAGAAAAGGAAGGCAGGAGGGACCCUGAAGCUAGAGCAGUGCCACUCCGCCCCCAUCUACUGUCAGGACUGGGGACAGAGCAGGCUCCGGGGCUGGAGGAAGGGGAAAGGUGGCUCAGGUGAUUUGGGCUAAACUACAGGGCUCAACAAAGGGAAUCAACAGACCCAGUGAUUUUAUCCUGUGACAAAAAGGAAACUUACAUACUGAGAACAGACAGCUAAAUUGUGGGGAUAGCCCAUGUGUAGCGGACGCCUCAAAGGGCCAUGUUCGUUGCACAGGAUUCUUCGGAAGCAAUAUUAAGACUACAGUAAAUACAAGGAUUGAGGAGUUUAUACACACACACACACACACACACACACACACACGGUACACGUUUGAAACAGCUCCAAUGCCUGUUGUGCAUUGCUGCCAGGCCUGUAUUUGUAACCUUCUUGCAACCCAGCCUCACUGCAGCCCGGCUGCGGCUGGCGCUAUCUACAGGAAACAUGUUAUGUAGCCCUUAACUUUUAACAGUAACAGUAACCGUGUAGAUAGAUACAUUGUGCCGUUCAUGGGUUACAGUACAGGAUACAGAGCAAAAGGUCAGCAAGAACCCUAUUCCAGGUGUUGGCAUCACAGAACCCUUCCUUCUCCAGCCCCAUUUUCCUGAGAACAGCUCAGUAAAACUACCUAGGACAUCACAGCCACCUAACCCCCUCAAGGUCAAAAAUAAAGGUAAUUUUAAACCUCA